AUGCGCCCACUCGUCAUCGCUUUGAUUUUCGCAGCCGCUUACGCUGCACCUGUGCAAGAUGGCGAGAAGAUCGAGGAGAAACUAAAACACCUCCAAGAAGAACUUGCUGUACUUCAACGGCAACUGACGGCACCUACGGUUACGGAAAAAGAAUUCUGCAUGCAAUCGAGGCUCGUCUAUCCGAAGUGCUAA